AUGGAUGGCGAGGAGGCUUCGCCUUCGGACAUUCCUGGAAGUGAAGUCGUGGCCUUAUCUGCCGCUGAGCCGUUUGAAACUCCGUCUGCCAGUGUGACGCCCUUGCGCAUACCUGCUAGCCAUCCACCAGUAACACAGUUGUUGAGGAAAAAUAAGCCAGUUUUAAGGACUCUGUCCCCUCGCUGCAAGAACUGUAGUAUCCUUGCUGCUGAGCUGAAGGUGGUUAAAGAUCUGCUGGAAGCCGAACGGAACAAUACACUCAAACCGUUGCACUCUUCAACCAGCCGAGAAAAGGCAGUGAUGUACAAGAGGCGCAAGUCGUGUUCACCAUUGAAAGGGCCGCAAUACUAUAAACUGGUAGAAGAGUUCAGGGAGCACACACAAGGAUGCAAUGCCACACGGAAAACCAGGGAGAAUGCCCGCCAGCGAGCUAACCACGUCCUUUGCUUCUUGGAGUUCAUGUCAAAGCCCGCUGUUCCACAUGUGAACCUUCUCUUUCUGGAGGACUAUGGUCGUAUCAGAAAAUUUGCAGCCCAUCUGGCCGAAAGGAACUUUAAACCGACGACCAUAAAAAGUUACCUGACAGAUGCCGUCGCAUUUGUGAAGUACAUCAUGAGUAUGUCACCAGAAGUGGUUAAAAUUGGCAUGAAAAGCCUAGAUGCCUUGCUUGUCGAACUACGGGCGAGGAUUAGGGACGUUGCCAGAUCUGUGGUAGGGCAACAACUGGCCCAGCGCCACAAAAAGUCUGAUCAACUGGUGAAUGCGACUCAUCAUGCGUGGUUUAUUGAAAACGCUCCAGCAAAGAUUUCCUCUGUACUUGAAUCUCUUGAGAAACGUCCUGCAAAAAAAAAAAAGCAGAGGAUGUUUUUCGGGCUCCUGAGUGGUUACAUCGUGGCGUUGACCGGCCACAGAAAAGGCGUCGUGCUCAAUAUGACGCGGAAAGAGGUCCAAGCAGCAGACAAAUUGAAGAAUGGCCGUCACAUCAUACGGGUGGAACAGCACAAGACGGGUCGCUACUUUGGCCAGGCGGCCAUACCGCUGGAAAAAAAUGAGUACUCCUGGUUCCUCAGAUACAACUGUCUCCGGUCUCGCAUAGAGGGAGGUCUAGAAGCAGAAACCUUCUUUCACACUUCCAGUGGCACAGAGUGCCUCAAGCUCCAGGAAUACUUCAAAGAGGCAUGGGACUCGUUGGAGUUGGGAAAGGCUCCGAGCUUCAACCUCCUCCGUUCCUCUGUGGCUACUUAUUCAAAGAGGCAACUGGGCUCUAAGGCGUACAAACGAGUGGCGGCCUUCAUGUGUCACGAUGAGCACACGGCAAAGAAGUUUUAUCAUGUGGAGGACCCGGCGGCUGAGGUAUUUAGAAGCAGACAUCUUUCCAUCAUGGCAAUCAGCACUUAUGCUGUCAAGGAAAGUAAAGCUCAGGGCUACAGAGCCACAGAGGACACGUGCAAGGUGGAGGACCGGGGCAGUGAGGAGGACCAGGACAGUGAGGAGGACCGGGACGAGGAGGACGGGGAAGACCGGGACGAGGAGGACGGGGAAGACCGGGACGAGGAGGACGGGGAAGACCGGGACGAGGAGGACUGGGAGGACCGGGACGAGGAGGACGGGGAAGACCGGGACGAGGAGGACUGGGAGGACCGGGACGAGGAGGACUGGGAGGACCGGGACUGGGAGGACUGGGAGGACUGGGACUGGGAGGACUGGGACGGGGAGGACUGGGAGGACCGGGACGGGGAGGACCGGGACGAGGAAGACCGGGACGAGGAAGACGAGGAAGACCGGGACGAGGAAGACGAGCAUGACCGGGACCAGGAAGACCGGGACGAGGAACAGGAGCAUAAAAGUGCAGAACAGAAGAGGGACUCCUCCAAACCUCUCGCCAGAAAGCGGCCUUCUAGUUUGGAAGUGGAACAGGAGAGCUUAUCCAAUCCUCCUCUCCUUAAAAGGCCCAAAACGGGUGGGAAGUGCCUUUUCAAGACCAAUAGGAGGGGCUCCUUCAGACCGAGAGAAACAAAAGUGCAGAAGGCCUCAAGUCUGCAGACCCCCAAGGUGUCCUCGCAGCAUGACAGAAAUGAUUUGAGGAAGAUGGGUUUUCCACCAGACGGCUCUUUUGGAGAACAAGGGUCAACUGAAACCGUAAAGACAAGGCACAGUAGCAAAAGACUUUCCUAAUGUAAUAUGUUAUAACAUAAUAGUUUAUAUAAUGGUAUAUAAUAGUUGUUAUUGCAUGCUGGAUGCUUGGAGUUGCGAUUUUUCCCC